AUGGCGGACGGCAUGGAUGGUGACUUGGAUUCGACUGUGGCGUCAGUUUUGUCCUUAGCAGAGAAAAGCAAUAAAGAGAAAUAUAGAUCAAUAGAGGUCACAAAGGAUGUAGAGCCAGACCUAGAUAUUGGGAAUUUAUUAGCUACAGAUCUUCAGCCUGUUGAUGGACAAGAAUUUAGGUGAGUUUACAACCAUUAAUUUACUUCUUUUGUGCACGUGGAAAAUUGGACGGGAAAUCUUGAAAUGGUUUCAAAUUCAUCCGUAAUCAGAGAAAAAUUUAUUUAGGCUUGGCUUUGCUUUUAAAACUCCUGUUCAUUUAUAGGAAAAAUAAAGAGGACUUUCUUAGAAAUCUUGCCAGAGAUAAUACGCAGCUGCUGUUGAAUGCUAUUUGGAAGGUAUUGUAUCACGAAAUAAUCCUAUGAAGUUUUUCAGUCAUGAAUUUACAAUUUUGUUGCAUGUAUGUAAUAUAACUAGUACGAGGCUGGGUAAAAUUCCUGCACAGCCCCAUACUAUUGUAAAACAAAUCUUUUCCCAAUGGCGAUGUAUUGUUUUUGUCACUGUUUUCUCUCUCCAAGAACUGAAUGUAUAAUGUAGGAUGGGGCUGUGCAGAAAUUUUACCCAAGGCUGUCAGGGCUGGUAUGAAGGACUUGUCAUAGUGCUGUGUAAUUUAACAUCUAACCAAGUCGACCAAAAAUCUAAAAUAUAAAACGAUUAGCUUUAUGUACCACAGUAUUGUUUGCCUCUACCAGUCUAACUUAGACAACUCUGAUCCUGCCUUUGUUCAAAUAAACCAGAAGAUGCUGUUAAUGUAUAGAGUUAACUAGCUUUCAUACAAGUUGAAGUUUUCACUCUUUCAAUGUGAUUCCUUUGCAGCUUCCGCAUGAAAGAUCUGAAGGAGUUGUUGUUGUAAAGGUAUGUCCAUUUAAACAUUCAUCCUAGAAGUUGCUAUUUUCAAUUUCAAUUCAUAGAAUUAGGCUUUUUGUAAAAAAUAUCUAGCACUUUUAAUUUCAUCUGUUUUUCACACCUCACAUUAACAAAAAGCAAAUUUCCUUUUACUUAUCAAGGUGCAUGAGAGAGGAAUUGUUAAACUAUUUAUUACCUGGAGGGGUGGUGUAAUCCUGAAUGAGCCAUCUUUAAUGAGGUCCAAUGAUAGUUAGACUCUAUCAUACAUGUAUAUGUAUAGCUGACCAUGAUAGCUGACAACAAGUGAAAACGAAGCUGUUUUGUUUAUAGUCAAAUGUAUUAAUUUACAUUACUAUCAGAAUGACAUGAAGCACUCAUUAUGUAUUUCUUUUUAAUUUUUAUUCAUGGAAGCUACCUGAGCCAUAUACGGUUAUUCCCAGAGAAAAACCAGUAAGUAUGUUAACUAAAAAGUCGUGUGUGUAGGACCAGUAAGCUUGUUUAGAGUCAUCAGUAUGUGUAGGACCAAUAAGUAUGUUAAACAGUCAUGUGUGGGUGUGUGUGUAUGUGUAUGUGUGACUGGUAACUAUGUUUAACAGUCAUGUGUACAUGCAGGAUGUGUAAGUAUGUCUAAUAGUCAUGUGAGUGUGUUAUAGGACCGGUAAGUUUGCUAAACAGGCAUGUGUGUUUAGGACCAAUUCAUUAAUUUCUAAUGAUAAUUGGAAGCUAGUUAAUACUUGCAAUCUACCUUUUUUUGUUGUUCCAGUUUAUAUGUAUUAUAAGUUCAUUUUUUUUUAGAUAAUUGUCAUCAUCUCUUGACUUUUCAGAUCCCAAAACCAAAACUGCCCUCAAAAUGGGAAGAAUUUGCCAAAAGAAAGGUACUGACAAAGAAAUCAUCCACCUUUGAGUUGUUCUAAAUGUUAUGUUAAUGUUGAUAUUUUCUUAAGCUUCAAAAGAGUUUAAGCUAUUGAGAAUCUGGAGGAUUUACUCACUGCGAGGGGGCAUUAUAAUAUGUCUUGUUUACACCAGCAGGUUUAUGUUUAGAAGUAUCACGUGCAGUUAUGAAUAACAAGUGAUUUAAUUGUUGUCUUACAGGGCAUCACAAAAAAGAAACGUGAGAGGAUGAUUUUAGAUAAAAACACUCAAGUUAGUAUCAGUUUGUAUAAUGAUUGCAGUAAGGGCCAAGUUGAUGUACCUUUUCAGCAGUAGUGUAUUGAUUUCCCAUGGACAUCUGUGUGAAGUUGAUUUCAUUUUUAAACUGGUGCAUAAUGUAUUCAGUGUUGACAAUUCAGACACAUCUAUUGUGUUGACAUAAGGCAUAAUGAAAGUAAAUCCAAGUCUCUGCAAAUUUCAGUAUUUGUGUUUGCAAUUUUUAUCCUGGAACAUUUUCAAGUCUAAAUAUAUACUUUUGUAUCUGCUUCAACUAUAGAGUUGUCUGUUGUACAGGUAUCUUUACCUAUUUAAAUGUAUCUUCAGGAAUGGAAGCCACGUUUUGGAUACAAAAGAGGAAAUGAUGAAACUCAGGAGUGGCUUUUGGAGGUUCCUCAGAAUGCAGGUACUGAGUAUCAUAAAUUCACAAAUUUGUGAUGAUGACUCCAAAAUAUUACAUGGUUUAGCUUCCUUGUCUUUGUCAAGUUGUCCAUGUGUGUAAAUAGUGAAGAAGGGGUUUGCAGUCAGGUAUGGUUAAAGAAGAAUAUUGUUCACUGGAAUAUCACAUUUCUUGGAAAAAUUACAAGCAGCGCUCAAUUUAUCCAUGGAUGAACUGGCCCCAGUGUUCUCUGACCAGACUCCUGAUUCCAUUUAUUGUGAGCAGCCAUCACCUUGAAAGAACAUGGUUCCCUUCUUUUUCAAACACACUCAUUGUUUAGCUCAGUAUUGGUGCUAUAAUGUAAAUUUUAAGAGUAAGAAAAACUUCUAUGGAGUGAUAGAAACCAAUGCUAAAAGUAAGAAUUUUAAUUUUAGAUCCAUAUGAAGACCAGUUUGAGAAAAAAUUUGAAGCAAAGAAGGAAAGAGUUGCCAAGAAUGAAUACCAAAGGUUGAGAAACAUAGCAAGAAACAGAAAGAUUUCCGGUCAGUGGGACUGCUCAGGGUUUUGUUGUGAAAGCUUACUUUUAUUGAAUUGUGAUGGAUGGUGUUUGCUUUCUAAAGAUAUAUGUCCUUAGUUAUGUUUUUUUUGAUUAUUUGAUUUAUUUUUUACUAGUUCCAAAUAAAGAUCUUGCCCCUUCAUCUGGACGACAAAGCAAAGAACAGGUAAUUUCUUGAUUCUGUAUGUUUGAAAUCCUUUCAAAGUCAACAUUUCAACUUCCAAACUUUCAUGUGUUAAUUUUAGGAGAAUAAUGGCACUUAAACAAACAUGCACAUCAAGGAUUGUUCUUUUUGUGCUAAAAGUGACUUCUUUUAUAAUAAUUAUUCUGGAAGGAAGAAAGAGUGCAUAUUCUUGGUUCUUUUGGGUUUAUGUUACCUUAAGUGAUUUACUAGUGUAAACAAAUUUUUUUCAGAUCUCAGAAAAGUUAAACAUCAGCAGACUCUCUACUGCAUCAUUGGGAAAAUUUACUGAAAAACUGGUAAGAAAUUUGUGCAAGAAGCACACUUGAAAGUACAAGUUUGUAUCCAUACUUAAGUUUAUGACAGAGGUAUUUGUUAUGUCUGACAGUAAACAUUGGAAAAAAAAGACUGACCCAGAUGUCAAAGUUUUAAUUGCAUUUAUUUAAUCUUCAGCGUGAUGAAAAGAUUUCAAGGAAAACUGGAAAGAAGCGAAAGGUAAAGAAAUAUACUAGCUAAUUGAAAAUUAGGGUAAGAUGCUACCACUACAAUCAGAUUCAUUGGCAUUCUUCUUAUGCGGACUCACUCAAAGUGUCAUUCUACAGAUUAUUUGAUCUUGUAAUUUCACUUUGGUCUCACCAACUGUGAUAAAAUUUGCAAUAGAUACACAGUCAUCCCAUUUCUUUGGCCCUUGCGGGGUGCUCCAAUUAAAUUUGUGGGCCAUAUCACACAGACUUGCGGUGAUGUGUGUUGACCUGAAUGGGAUUCAUCUUACUUGGCUUUCGCCGGAAAAGUGUCACAACCAAGAUUGUGAAAAUGAUUUGAAUAAUUCAUCUUACUUGGCUUUAGAGAAGUGUCUCAACCAAGAUUGUGAAAAUGUAGGUAAGUGACUAUCAUUGUUCGAAUAGAUCUUCUUAAAUUCCUUGUUGUUGUAAUUGCAGUUCGAGCCUGUUGUGGGUGACUUGUCAAAUGAACGGAGCCGAAGCAGAGAACUGGCAGAGAAAAUAGCCAGAAGAGGUCCCCUUGAUGUCAAUAAGGUAACUGACACAAACAUGUGCAAAGCAACAGUAAAGUCACUUUUGAAUACAAAGAUUGUGAAUGCAUGCAAUAAUACGGCCCAGUGAAAACUGAUGAGGAAGCAGUGCACGUGGCACGUGGCACGUGGCACGUGGCUGUCAAUCCUGCAUCUUAUUGUUUCCCUAACUGUUACUUUAUGUGUCAAUGGC